AUGCAGCCAGAGAGCUUAGAGGGAAAGAGGCGACAACCCAACGUGCUCGUCACAGGAACACCUGGAACUGGCAAGAGCACUACUUGCGAGCAGAUAGCUGAGGCCACAGGUCUGCGAUACAUCAACGUCGGCGAUCUCGUGAAGACCCAAGAUUUACAUUGCGGAUGGGACGACGAGUUUAGCUGCCACAUUAUAGACGAGGACAAGGUUUGUGAUGCUUUGGAAGAUCAGAUGGGCAGAGGAGGGAACAUAGUGGAUUACCAUGGAUGUGAUUUUUUUCCAGAGAGGUGGUUUGACCUCGUCAUCGUGCUGCAGACAGACAACACAGUGCUAUAUGAGCGCUUGGAAAAGAGGCAAGUGGGUUACUCACAGAAUAAGGUGACAGAGAAUGUGGAGUGCGAGAUCAUGCAUGUCAUCGUUGAAGAAGCAAUGGACAGCUACAGGCAGGAAAUUGUCCAGGUGCUGCCCAGCAACACAGUCGAGGACCUGGAGUCAAAUGUGGAGAGGACAGUGCAAUGGUACAAGCAGGUCAUGUGUCAAGUCAGAUAG